GGCUCGUUCAGGUCCUAAAUUACGUCACUGAAAAUGAUGCUGCUUGCCAAGAACGCCGUGGCUGUGCGCCCGUCUGGCGUCGCUCGCCGGAGCGUGGUCGCGAAGGCCAGCUCGCGCCCUCUGUGGCUGCCGGGCAGCACGCCUCCGGCUCACCUGAAGGGCGAGCUGCCGGGUGACUUCGGCUUCGACCCGCUCGGCCUGGGCGCCAACCCUGACUCUCUGAAGUGGUUCCGCGAGUCUGAGCUGGUGCACUCCCGCUGGGCCAUGGCUGCCGUUGCCGGUAUUCUGGUUCAGGAGAUUGUGCGCCCGGAUGUGUUCUGGUACUCGGCCGGUAGCCAGGUUGAGUCGCCGCUAGGCCCCCUGGGUCUGCUGGCGUUUGAGUUCUUCUGCAUGCACUGGGUGGAGCUCCGCCGCUGGCAGGACCUGCGCAAGCCUGGCUCCGUCGACCAGGAUCCCAUCUUCAGCCAGUACAAGCUGCCGCCCCACGAGCCGGGCUACCCGGGCGGUGUCUUCGCUCCUUUCAUUCCUGGUGACCUGGCUGAGCUGAAGGUUAAGGAGAUCAAGAACGGCCGCCUUGCUAUGCUUGCGUUUGUGGGCUUCGUGAUGGCUGCCCAAGUUACCGGCAAGGGCCCAAUUGCGGCUCUCCAGGAGCACCUGGCGGACCCGUGGGGCACCACCAUCUUCUCAAAGGCUGCUGUUGUGCCAGGCCAGGCGAUUGCUCCUCCAUGCAAGAUCCCGGCCUCCGUGUCGUACCAGGGAAUUGAGAUUCCUACUCCCUGCUUCCUCCAGGGCCUGUGGCCUUGAGCUCGUGGCCAUACCUGGAAGUAUGUGUGUAUACGUAUUGCCUUGGAUAUGGGAUUGAGAAGUGGUGAGGCAAACUGUUGAGCUGAUGUGGUACACAAAAUAUGUCUUGAGCAGUUUUGUCUGUAGAUGUCGUGAGGGUCUUGUGACUGCAUGGCGGUGUAACUCGCUCGAACUGUGCUUGAACCUGGUCUUCACUCAAUGUCAACUCAUACAAUCU